GUGUGACGCGACUGCGGUCGAAAAAGUGGCGGAUGUCCGUGGACAUCAAAUUCCUAUUCUUGUUUAUCUUGAAGAACGGAGAUUUUUAUUUUUAUUUUACGGCGCAAUGGAGGACGAAAGAUUUGCGUCUUUCCACCGCGGCCUCGUUUUUCUUUUCCUUUUCCUCCACCCCGUCAACGGAGACGUCAGCUACUCUAUCCCAGAGGAGAUGAAACGUGGAUUUGUCGUCGGCAAUAUGGCCAAGGAUUUGGGACUAAAUUUGGGCCAGUUAUCUGCUCGUAAAGCGCGCAUUGAUGGAGAAGACGACCACGUCCAACACUGCGGCAUCAACCUCAACACUGGUGACUUGGUUGUUCAGGAAAGGAUCGACAGGGAAGAUCUUUGUGGCAAAAAGGCAUCGUGUGUUUUAAAGCAGGAACUUGUACUGGAAAACCCGUUAGAACUACAUCGUAUUAAUAUUCGUGUUGGAGACAUGAAUGAUAAUUCUCCACAGUUUAAUGAAGAUACGCUUAAAUUUGAAAUCCGAGAAUCAGCGGUUAAGGGUGCUCGUUUUCUUCUGAGAGAAGCACACGAUGCAGACAUUGGAGAAAAUGCUGUUCAAAGCUACACUUUGCAGCAGAAUGAUCAUUUUAAAUUAAUUGUAAACUCAAAAGCAGGUGGACGAAAGUACUGUGAAUUGGUUUUAGACAAGGAAUUGGACAGAGAAGAUAAAAAAGACAUGAUGCUCUUGCUGACCGCCUAUGAUGGCGGCUCCCCUCAGAGAUCAGGAACAGUCGUCAUCCACGUCACCGUUUUGGACGCGAAUGAUAACGUGCCCGUAUUUAGUCAAGCGGUCUAUGAAUCAAGUCUGGCUGAAAAUUCUCCUCUUGAUACUUUGGUGAUCACAGUGAGCGCGAGUGAUGCAGACGAAGGAAUAAAUAGCGAAAUCACUUUCGCAUUUGACCAUGUUUCUGAUGACAAUAGCAAUAUUUUUACUUUACACCCCAAAACUGGAGAAGUGAGAGUAGCUGGUGUUGUCGAUUAUGAGAAAGUAUCAUCUUACGAAAUGCAAAUAAGUGCGGUAGAUGGUCCAGGAUUAAUUUCCUAUUGUUCUUUAAUUAUAAAUCUCAUUGACAUCAAUGACAACGCCCCGGUGAUAAAUAUCAAGUCGCUGACCGACCCGGUGGCGGAGAACGUGCCGCCCGGCACCGAGGUGGCCAUCGUUCACGUGCAGGACAGAGACUCUGAGCGGAACGGGCAGGUCCGCUGCUCCGUCCGACGAGACGUCCCCUUCCGCUUAGUUCCUUCCAUCAAGAACUAUUAUUCUCUGGUGACGAGCGGCCGGCUGGACCGCGAACUGGUGUCCGAUUACAACAUUACAAUCGGCGCCAGCGACGAGGGCUCUCCUCCUCUGUCCUCCCGGAAAAGUCUUCGCCUGUCCGUCGCCGACGUCAACGACAACCCGCCCGCGUUCGAGCGAGAGUCCUACAGCGCCUACGUGAGCGAAAACAACGAAGCCGGCUCGGCUUUGUGUCGGGUGAGCGCCCGAGACCCCGACCGGAGACAGAACGGCACGGUGGUUUAUUCUCUGUUGGCGGGCGCCGAGGUGAACGGCGCCCCGGCGUCCUCCUACGUAUCGGUGGACGGAGACACGGGGGCCGUCCGCGCCGCGGGCUCCUUGGAUUACGAAGACUUGAGGAGUUUUCGAGUCCACGUGGUGGCCAGAGACAAGGGUUCUCCUCCGCUGAGCAGCAACGUGAGCGUCAGCGUGUGGAUACGGGACGUGAACGACAACUCUCCUCAGAUACUGUACCCCGCCCCGGAGGGCGACUCCUUCGUGACCGAGCUGGUCCCCAAAGCUGCGCACGGAGGCUCCGUGGUGUCCAAAGUGAUAGCGGUGGACGCCGACUCCGGACAGAACGCCCGGCUGUCCUAUCAUAUAGUCAAGUCCACGGAUCCGGGACUUUUCGCCAUCGGUCUCCACAGUGGAGAGAUCAGGACCCGGCGGGACAUUUGCCAAUCUGACGGCGUGAAGCAGAACCUGAUGGUGGCGGUGAAAGAUAACGGACAGCCCCCUCUCUCCGCCACCUGCUCCGUGUAUUUACUUCUUUCCGAUAACUCGGCCGAGUUGCCGGAACUCAUGGACGUUUCCUCCGACGAGCGGGAGAAGAAUUCCAAAGUCACCUCUUAUCUGACGGUGGCGCUGGUGUCCGUGUCCGCCUUCUUUGUGACCUUCAUGGCGGCGGUCCUGGCUGGGAGCUUUUGCCGCAGGAGAAAGCCCAGACUGUCGUCGGACGGAGCGGUCGCCGUCCCCGGCGCGUACCUCCCUCCUGAUUACGCAGAUGUCGACGGCGCGGGAACUUUACGCGGCGCCUACGACUACGACGCCUACUUGACGACGGGCUCCAGGACCAGCGACUUCAACUUUGUGCGUUCUUACGACGACGACACGCUGCCCGCUGACCGCGCGCUCGCGAAGAAUCCCAGCGACUUCGAUGAUGAGCUUCGCGAUUCUUUCGACCCUCUUGAGGUAGGCAGCUUUCACAGAUAA